AAGGCUGCAUCGGCUGCUGUAGUGUUGUGGUGUUGUUUUUGUUGUUUACACUCCGAGCGCCAUUGUUAAGAAAAUGGAGAGAUAAUAUUGGUGGAGAGUGUAAGAUGCGAGUGCUGAGGUCUGUGCUGGGAGGAUGUGUGGUUAUCGUGGCAUGUGUGGUAGUACUUACCACACUCACUUCCACACCACCCACGGGUCCUGCCAUCCACUCGAUCGUCCCACACAACUUGAAGGAGGAGCUCGAGGGGAAAAUGACCUGUGAUGAAAAACUGUUGGAGAAGCUGGACUUUGUUGAGAAGCCACAGCUGUAUCCACAUCACACAUGGGAGAAUCUCUCCACGCCUGUCCUUACAACUGCUGUGUCAAGUGGAUUAAUAUGGCAAGUGGAAGGGCUGCUGGGGAUGGCACAGCAACUCUUCUCAAACCUGACUGUCGUGGUAUACAGUUUAGAUCUUUCCUCCCGGGAACUACAGCAGCUAGAGGAUGCCUGUAAUACAUCCUGUGUGGUCACACCCUUUGACUUUAGUACUUACCCAUCCCACGUGAGAGACCUCCACCUCAAAGCCUACCGUCCUAUCAUAAUACAGGAAUUAUUAGUUCGUGCCGGGGCAGUCCUGUGGUUAGAUGCUAGUGUGCGACUAGUGAGUGAAGUUCAGGACGCCAACAUGGCAGCUGAGAAAAUGGCAGAGUGGAGCACUUGGGCACUUAAGAACGGUGGUGUCUUGACCUGGCCUCUGCCCCACCCUGCACUCCUUCCCACAGCAGCCCUCACCCACCCCAACAUGUUUACUUUCUUCCACACCAAAAAGAAUUAUUAUGAUUUUCAGCAGAUGGGAGAUGCAGGCACAAUGUUAGUCUAUAACACAAAAGAUGUCCAUGAUCACUUGACGAAACCCUGGGUAUCCUGUGCCCUCACACACAACUGCAUCAGUCCAAUAGGGGCCCAAGAUACAGGCUGCAGGUAUGACAAAAAGCCACUUUUCCGCUACUCAGGGUGCCACCAUUAUGACGCUUCAGCAUUCAAUGUUGCCUUAGGGGUUAUGUUCUCAUAUGACACUCGACCUUACCUGGCAGCCACUUCACCCUUCACACGUGUGUUGCAGAAAGCUCAGCAGGAUUUAGAAAAUGUGCCAGGAGAGGAGAGUUUGAACACGUCCAGUAGAGACAACUCAAGUAGGAAGUAUAGUCUUAAGAAACUUGGUGCAGAUGCAUCUAUCAGUGGGUCAUCCUUCAGAAUAGUUUCCCAAAACACAUCACAGACAUCUGCCAAGAAGGAAAUAUCGGAAAAGUAAUCAAAAGAAAGUGAAGAUUAGGGGAUAAAAUGUGAAACAUGUAGAUUGGGCAAUAAUGGUUAGAAAUUAUUUGGAUUUUUUUUUUUUCUUUUUCUUUCUUUUUUCUUUUAUGUAGUGUUCAAAGGUUUUUGAUUUUUGAUAUCUCUCCUGGGAACAGUAAUCAACUGGCUAAGUUACCUUUGAUUACUGAGAAAGUCAAGUAUAUGAAAAUUCUUACAUAGGUGUGACCAAAUGCACUAGUGAUUAUUUUGCCAUUAUUAGACUACUAUUAUGACCUUGACUUUUACAUAUACUAGUUAAAUAUUGGUGCAAGUUGCUUUGGUUCCUAAAAGUGAGUUUAUAAGGUUGCUAUUUUGUGUGUGCUGAAACAUUAAAAUGGAAAAUUGCAAGAAAACUGAGUAUGCCAUGGCAAAGAAAACAUGAUAGUUCCUCAUUUGCUAUUUUUCUUAAUGAUGCAUUAUGAGUUCCUUAUUUGAUUUUGAUCUAAGUUGUGUUCUGAUUAAUAUUUCCUUUAUAUUUUUUGUACACUUUUUUAUCUUGUGUUUGUGUGUAUGUUCCACUGUGUGUUUGUAUGUGUGUAGAUGCAGGUGUUGGCUGUUAACUGCUUGUUAUCAGCAGAUUUUGAUUUUCAAA